AUGGACGUUUACACCACAGCUUUUUCCUAUCCCGCACCCCACUCGCCGACGCCUGCCCAUAUUCCCAAAGACCCUCUAUCGGUGCCUCCACAAGCAGGCGGAACCAGCUCUGGCACACUCGCAACAUCCACCCCUCGUACCGCUCCCGCGGCUUUCACUGCCGUCCCGCUUCCCAUUGUACCAGAAGCCCCACCGGCGAGUGCAGACUGCACACCGCCCAAGUCCCCUCAGAAGGUGGAAAGGGAGUGGGAGGCUGUUCAGAAGCUGGCUUCCGACAUUACUGCUCGCGAGGGAUGUCUUGUCACUGUCACUCGAGAGAGCACCGAUACCAUGGCCAAAUCUUCUUCGGUGUCCGACCCUCCUGCUACGAUUUGGAACUUUCACUUGUCGGGUGUUUCAAAUGCAGUCUUGUCUGCUCGAGGCUCCAUCUUACGCGAUGCGCCUCAAGACAACCGCAUCACUGUCAAAGUUCCUCGCUCCGACAUCCUUGAAGCAAGUCAACAUGUGUUGAAGCAAGAAGUUGUCCGACGAUUAGGAGUCAUUGCGAUCGACAGCAAAGCAUUCAUAUCUGUCGUCAGCUAUGAUAACUCCUCGAAUGAAGGACAAAAAGUACUGGCUACCGCUAGUGAAGACGGUGUAAAGACGCUGGAGAGGGAGAACGGCAAGGCUGGUUAUGACAAGUCGAGCGGCCGUAUGGACAAUGGAUCCGCCGCUCUGGAAGAGAUCGGCUACAAGUUCAUAGUGACUGGCCCCAUGGAAUCUGUCCACAUUGCCAAGGUCCGACUUCUAGUCAUGAUCGAUGAGCUUUCUGGUCUCCACGCCGAGAUUUGCGAUAUAGAUUACAAACUGCACAACAUCAUCGGGGGCCGCAAACGUGCAUAUAUACAACAGAUUCAAGAGGAAACCGGCACCAACAUUUAUUUGCCGACUUCUCUUGUGGGUGUCAUGAACGACCCUCCACGCCAUCAAAACUUGGACUAUCAAAUGACUGGCGUCGGAAUGCGCGGGCAACCCACCGGUCCCUUGGGUAUGCAGAUGACGGGGAUGAGCCAUGUGAGCGGGAUGGGUGGCAUGCCUAUGGUGAUGCCUGGCAUCAAUGGCGGUUUCAACCCUCAAAAUCAUUCCCGCCAGGGCCCCCCUGUUUACAAUCCCCAUCAGCACGUGCAUUAUCCGUACCAGCCUCAACCCCUCAACGUCGAUCCAUCUGCCACUCUCGGGGUGCCUUACAAUGGCCCAGGUGCGCAUUAUCCCAUGCACGCGCCGCCCCCCAUGUCGGUCGAUCACACCGGAAUGUCAGCGUUGCACGGUGGGUUCCAAAGCGUUCCGCAAAGCCGUAUUGCAUCGCCAAUGCCUCCCCAAUCUCACCAUUCACCUCUUUCCGGGGCGACUGGUAUGGGUUUCAACACUAUGAACCACUCCAAUCAUCUUGCUCCGCCUUCCCAUCAGUCACACCCACCUUGGCCUCAGUCGCAAAACUUCCAUCCUGGCAUGCACAACAUGGGACACAAUGUUCCUAUGGGAGUCGGGGGAAUGCCGAUGGGUAUGAACCCUAUGAAUCAUAUGAACCAGUUUAGGAUGGCUCAUCCUGGCUUGAGUAUUCAUGGAGGAGAGCAAGGAAAACUGGGGAAGGCGAACCAAAUCUGGAUAUCCGGAGAGUUCUUUGGGGUCCAGAGGGCGAGAGACAUGCUCUUGAACAUUGCAAUGCAAAAGUGCAAGUUGAUCAUCUCCAGAGACGCAGCCAUCCUUCCUAGAAAGCUGGACUGGUUGUUGACUGGCAAGAAUAUUGUUGAAAUCAGAACCAUCAUGAACGACAAUGGCACUUAUGUUCAAGUACCUUGCGUUGGUGGUCAGACGAGCAUGAUUUCGGUCUUUGGUGAUCAUCGAGCCAACAUUGAGAGGACGAUUCGAAGUAUCAUGGCUCUGGCUUGCCAAUUCUAUGUGGCAUCUCUCUGGCUUUUACCGCCACCCGUUGAAGUUGGGCCUCGCGUGGUUCUUAACCCUGCUCAGAUACAACCUGUCGUGAAACAUAUUUCUCAUGUCACUGGGGCAGAGAUUGUAUACAAGCCCAACAUGUUUGAAGUCAAUGGUUUGGAGCGACAGGUCACUUCUGCCAUGUUGCUACUCAUGGAUGUCGACGUCCUCCAUAACUUUGUACCCGAGGUCCGGUUCCGAGUGGAGCUAGCGAACGAGCAGCGGGAAUUCUUCAGUGGCAAGAAGAAUGGCAAGAUCAACAAGAUCAUGAAGAUGACCAACGCCAAAAUUCGCUUCGAGACUCUCAACGACUACAACUUCCUGAUCGAUAUAGCGGGGAAGAAUCAAGAUGCUCUUCAAGGCCUCUCUCUGAUCCAAGAGGAGUUGCCGGCUGAGAUAUCGUUCUACGUCCCAGAAAGCUACCACAAGCGAAUCAUUGGUGUGGGUGGAAAGAACAUCCAGAAGAUCAUGAAGAUCUACAAUUCUUUCGUCAAGUUUUCCAACGCCGAAGAAUUCGCAUCGCUCGGAGGCUACUUUGAUAACGAAGACAAUGUGUACGCCAAGACCCCGUCGAAGAAUGGGGCAAACCUGCGGGAGUUGAAGCAGGCCAUUAUGGAGGUAGUCGGUCUGAAAGAAAGAAAUUUUUACACGGAUUAUGUUUCCAUCCCCAGACCCUAUCACAGGACUCUGCUGGGAGAGAAGAGUAUAUUCAUCCACGACAUUGAACAGAAGACGAAUACAGUUGUCAGAUUCCCUUACAAAGAGACUGGGAGUGAUGUGGUCUCGAUCUUUGGCCCUGCUACUGAGGUUCCUCUUGCUGCAACUUUGCUGCUCGAGCAUGUGCCUUUCGACGUCAGUACCACUCACGUUCCUCGGCAGGCCGUCCAGCUAGAGCAGACCGAAUCUCUGUUUGGCAAAAUGACACUUGAUUCUGAUACGAACGGUGUGAAUGGCGCUGGAUCCAAGGGACUGCCGGUUCCUCCAUUGAGCUUCCAUCAGGAUCGCAGGAUAGAAGAGCUCUGGCCUAUCGUCAAUCCUGUCUCGCAACGUCCGGCUCCUACUCGUACCGAGAGUGAUCACCAGAAGCGAGAAUCCGACCCCAUCAUCAACGACAGGAUUCGACAGGCAUCCACUGGUCAUGUACCCGCAGGCUCGCACAGUGGUGCUCUACCUCCUCACCGACACCAUCCUCACAGCCAAUCCCGCAUAAAUGCCAAUAGACACCAAUCUUUGGACAUUUCCCAGCUCAACUUUUCUCGAGCGUUGUCCGGUGGCAAGUCUUCGCCGUUUGGAAUGAUGCCUGGGUCCCCUCCCACUCUUGAUUCCAGUUUGAAUACGGCCACGGGUGGCUUUAUGCCUCGCGCGCCUUCUCCACCAGGAAGGCUGUAG